GAUUUUGACACAUCUUGAUAUUUGAUGGUUUUAACACAAACCUUAAAAUUUACUUUUUAAACACAAAAUAAUGUAAUUCUUAGUGAAAUUUCUGCAAGCAAAAAAAGCAGGUAGAACGUAUAUAUUUAAAUUAGAGCGUAAAAGAUGCUUUCUGAAAUUACACAUAUGAUCUUUAUAUUGCAAAUAACUAUGAACAGAUUAUAAUACACAGCAUGGGUCACGAAAAGGAAUUUUUUAAACAACAUUUUCAAAAUGAUCCAAAAUCAUCGACACACCAAUUACUUCUGGCAAGUCUAAAUGCCAGGGACUAUACUGCUUUCCAAAGUUUUUUGAAUAGGGGCUUAAAGGAGUUGCCACACUCAUUUAUCUUUGAUUACAUUUAUCCACCGCUUUAUGAAAAAACGAUUUUGGAAAUAGCAUGUUGUAAAGGACUCAAAGAAUUUGUUUCGUUACUUCUUGUACAUUUAGAGAAGAGCGAAGAUAUAAAUAAGAUUAAUGAAAAGUUUGAUCGAGGACUACUUCAUUUUACAGUCGAAGAAGGUCACAGUGCUGUCUUGCAAGCACUUCUUCAACAUGAAUCCAUCAAUCCCAAUUUAGAGGUAGGAGGAAUGCAAACUGCAUUGCAUAUGGCAGUAAAAAACGAAGACUUGAAAUGCAUCGAACUACUCGUGAAUGCAGAAGCCAGACCGGAUAUUCCUAAUGCAAAAGGGGAAACUGCCUUUCACUAUGCAGCUUCCUCAAAGAAAAAAGAAAUAAUCGACCUCGUUAUUAAUGGAAACUAUGCAGUUCCUCUAGACAUUGAUACGUUUAAAAAUUACAAAAAACAAACAGUAAGAGAUAUCCUAAAAAAUAAUUUUCCGGAAAUAGAAAAGAAAAUGCCAGAACAAGCUAGACGAGUGGACUUUAAUCUCUUGAAGUACUUCCUAGUUAAAAACGACGAAAAGAACUUCUUGAAAAAUUUAGCAGAGUCCGAUCCAAAAGAACCUAUGCAAGUACCUCAACUGAUAAUGUUAGCAGCUGGAAAUAAUCUUUUAAAUGCAGUUUUGGAGUUGAUAAGCAAGUUGGAGAAGAUGGAGAAGGUGGAUCUUCUGAAAGCUGCUGAAUUAGCAAUGCAAAGAGGGCAUUAUAAAGUUUUUAAAGAGAUAUUAAAAUAUGAUUUUAACUUAAGCCAGAAACUAAUUAUUAGAGCUUGCGAAGAAUUAGCUACACCUAUCAGAUCCGGUAUUGACCAUCGAAGUAUUCGACUUCAGUUUCUAAAGCUUAUCCUGGCAUUAAAGAAUAUCGACGUGACGGUAGAGGAUGAUAAAGGUAAUACUCCCCUGCACUACGCUGUUCGAGCAGAGAAUGAUGAAGCUGUGGAAGAAUUACUACGAGCUGGGAGUUACAUAGGACAUAUGAAUCGGGUUGGGGUGCCCCCAUUGGCACUUAUUAGGUCAAGCAUAUUAGAAACCUUCUUUGAUAAACAUAUUCAAAGUAGCAAAGAGCACACGGAAAACUUUGAAUUACACUAUAAUUACAAUUGCCUGUUACCACCUACCUCUCGGCACUGCCGUACAGAAAAUUAUUCAAAAACUAGGAAGCGCAACUUGAGUAAAGAAGUUACAGAAAUUGCAGCGCUAAAUUACAUUGCCCAUAAUAAUGCUUUGAAGCAUUUAUUAAAACACCCUCUUCCCUCAUCAUUGUUAUAUAUCAAAUGGAGUCGCAUCAGACACAUUUUCUAUGCAAACUUAGGAUCUUACAUACUGUUUUUCUUUACGUUGGUCGCAUUUAUUAUCAUUUCGAACUGGAAGAGUGAAGACGAGCAAGGUGACAAGUUUAGAGCGGGGGAACAAAUAACAAGAAUAUGCGUUUUUAUACAACUAGCAAUCCUGGUUUUACGAAAAUUAUGCCAGUUCUUUUCUUCACAACUUCAUUACAUCACGAGCUUAGAAAAUUGGUUUCAAGUAUUAUUGAUCAUCAUGGUAGGAGUAUUUUUGUUAACCACCAAUGCUCAGAUUGGGGCUGUAGUCAUUUUAUUCUCUGCCUGGGAGCUCGUGGAACUAAUUGGUCAACAUCCUAGCAUGUCGAUACAAAUUGAAAUUUUCAAAAAAAUCUUGGCCAAUUUCACUCUGUUCCUUUUGCUAUAUGCAUUUUUGAUAUUUGCUUUUGCUCUGGCAUUUUAUAUUUUAUUCCGAGGUACUGAAAAGUUCCCGAAUGUCCAUAUGUCGAUUUUCAAGACCAUAUUAAUGCUAGUAGGAGAAUUCGAUGCAAGCGAUAUGCCCUUUGAGAUGGAUCCUAUAUUAGGACGAAUAAUUUUUUUAGCAUUUAUAUUAGUCAUCGCAAUCGUCCUCUUUAACAUGCUAACUGGUAUUGCCGUCAGCGAUACUCAGAAUAUGCAAUCUAACUCUGAAAUUGUUACUUUAGUUGCAAGGACAAAAAACAUUUUCCAUUUCGAAGAAAUAGCCGUGAGUUUUUCUGUUUUUUUAGAAAAUUGUUGUUGCUCUUUUCUGCAGCCAAUCGUGCAAAAUCCAAAGCUAAAUUUCGUUAGACGUGUUUUUAUCUACCCAGCAUACUUGCCAGAGAAGAAGCUCAGUGAAAAACCCUAUAAAAAUCAUGAGAUUUUAAUUCAGGGUAGAAUCAUGAAACCAUCAUUGCUCAAUACCCUGAAAAUGGAUUCCUCUAUCUCAGACGGUGCGAAGGAAAUUGUUUGGCAACGCGGUCGGGUUUCUGAUGAGGAAAUCAUUCCAAUGCAAUUGGAGACACUCGACCUAAGACUGCAAAAAAAUGGAUCCAGUCAAUAAAAGGCUAGAUAAGUUUGAGUCGAUUUUCAUGAAUUUCCUAGACAUUUUUAAAAAAAACCAAAAUGAUAAGAACAUUGAAUUAGUGAAUGAGGAACAUAUCCAGGACAUGAACAGUAAUGAAGACACUACUUAAAUAUUUUAUAAAA